AUGCUUCCCUAUAGACAGUGUAUCAGCAACAGCUCAAGAGUGGUCAGUCAGUUAAGGCGACCUAGUGUGAGAAUUGCUACUCAGAUCAAUGUGCUCGUGAGAGCUCAGUCUACUCAAGCAGCCGCCACGGAGCCAGUCUCAGUCCCGGAAACUUCAAAGUCUUCAAUCACACCACAACAAAAGCCGAAAUCUGCUUCCACCCCUAAACCAAGAAAAGUAAAUCACAAGUUAAAUGAUAUCUCCCAGCAGAUCAAGCAGACAAUGAAGUCUGACACCGGUUUGAAUGAAGCGAAGGAAAUUUUUGAAGAGGGUAUUUCAUUUCUUCGUGAAGUUCAACAAAACGAAUAUAUAUCAGACCGAGACUUGUAUAAUGCUUUCUUGCCAUUGGCCACGGAACUCCUCAAAAGAGCCAAGCAAUCAGGCGCUGAUUUAGAAGAGUACCUCGCAUUGUUUGUGAAAUACCGUGUCGCCCAUCAAUAUCAUUUUACUGACGUUGCUGCAAACUUGUUGAAAAAUGAGGAUGGGAAAUCAGCCACUUACCAAAAAAUUAUUCAAAUGUGGGUUAUGUUUAUUGAAUACGACAAGUUGAAUUUUAUACCAAAUGCGUUUGUUGAAACUAGCGAUCCAAGAAUCAGGUACAACAAAUACCAACUCCCCCACAUAGUUUACUACGCUUAUGUUUUGUCAUGUAUGUUACAGAGCAUACCAUAUUCAGAGAAAGAUGCACUUCGGUUCUUUGAAACUAAUAAAGUGCCCUUUUACAAUGAGGUGAGGAAUACUCUUUCCAACUAUGGUGUUUUCAAUAGACUUGAGUUUGAAAAAUUUAGAGAAUGCCUAGAAGAUGAUAGAAAAUCCAGAGUUGAUCCGAACAGUUUACACAUGUUGAGUAGAAUAAAUCGUGCCACUGACCGAAAAUUGUUGGAUGUGAUUUACGCUGAAAUUGCCGAGAUUUGUGAAAAACGUGAUUUGAAAAUUGAGGAGAGGAUUAUGGUGCAAUUGAUGGAAAAGUAUCUUUAUUAUGAUGAAUAUGAUCAAGUGUUUAGCAUGUUUCAAAACAUUAUGAAGUCUGGCAUUUCACCCUCGAUUGAUGCUUGGAAUUUGGUUCUCAAAGCCAUGAUUAAUCCUAAUAGAUUCAACAAUGCAUCACCAAAACAAAAGGAAGAGUUUAUGCAAAAAUUUGAGCGUACCCUUAAAACAAUUCUUGCAAGCGGUCUCAAAUACAACGUAAAUACUUUGAGUUCAAUCAUUAGUGCUUAUGCGAUUGCAAAUAAAUUCGACAUUGCUGAAGACUAUGCUAAACAAUACGCUGGAUUAGGAAUUAAUGAUGCAGCAAAAGAUGGAAUUUUGAGAGGAUUGAUUUUCAAUGAUAAAAUCGCUGAAGCUGAAGCGAAAAUGCAAGAGUAUAUCAAAGACGGCACCAAUUACAAACCAAAUGUUGGUGUUAUGAAUGAUUUCCUCACCUACUAUUUCAAAAAGCAAAAUUACAAUGCCAUCUUUGGUAUCAAUGAUUUUAUGAAGCAACAUGGGAUUGAGGAGAAUGUUGUUACGUUGACCACUAUGAUUAAUGCAUAUUUCAAGUACCUUGUUUCCAUUGGGAAAAGUCCUAAUCUCGGGGACUUUUUACAAUCAUUAAAGGGUGCGAAAUCACUCAAUGAACACUCUUUUGCAUCUGUAUUGAAUGGGUUGAUCCAGUCAGCCAACAUUGAUGCUGCAAGACAGUUGUAUAAAGUGUUGAAGAGAAAAUUCCCUAGAUCUGCGUGGAUUCAGAGUAACAUGUUGACAGCUGAGAUAACCUUGGGUGAUGUCGUCGCAGCUGAGCAAAUUUUUGUCCAUUACAUUACCAAAAUUAGAAAUGACCCCAUUAUUUGGAACACAAUGUUGAGAAACGUUUUACUUCGUGAUGAGAAUAAGGCAUUGGAAUACUACGAAAAGAUGAAAAAAGCUGGUGAUGUCAAGCCCAAUGAGUAUACAUACUAUUUCCUUCUUGAUUAUUUUUACAAGAAACAAAACAAACAGGUGGUGAAGAAACUUGUGGAUGAUUUGGCCCAAAGUUCCUUAACUUCGUAUGGCACAAAGUUACCCAACGUUCUUUCUCAAAUCCAUAAAACAGUUGUCGAACUCCCAUCACCAAUCUUGGUCAAAAUGAAAAGAAACUCGUAA